AUGCGUAUCAUUGAGAGCGGAAUUGACCGCAGUCUCGACACGCCCAGCACCUCUUGCACAUCUACCGGGCCUAGCUCAACCCAAACCUCACCGCUCAGCACGGUCACAGUGAACAGCUCCAGCACUGGCACCAUCUCCGAAACCGACAUUCCCGGCCUCUCCUGUCCAAAGGGCCCUCGUACAUUCACCUCCUGCAUCGUCCUGGUCGGUCACUUGCGAGUCCAUCGCACAGAGGCCGUAAACCAGUAUCUGACGCACCAAGCUACAUCUGAAGCAUCCAUCUCAACCGCUCCCACCGCGCCCGCACGUUCGCCCACUGCAUGGGCUUACUAUGCCACAUGCACAUUUACGGAAACCUACGGUAAACAACCGCCGCCUACAUUGCACCACUACACCUUUCCCCACCAACAUCUGCAUCAGACAACACCACCAACCACCAUCAGCAUCCGAUCGCCACCUCUCACGCAAAUGGUAAGUGUGCAUCUCGAUUCCGCCUCCAUGCGCCUCCUUUGCUGCCUCCGUAACUCAAGUCUGAGACUAUCAUGA